AUGACAGUAAUAAGGAUGACUUCCCCGGUGACGCCUCCAUCGACCAGUCCAGGCUCAAACGAGGCUCAAGCGCCCCAGCCGACCUCGAAGCCGGCCCAUCGAUUGAGUUUCUCCGUCGCCGCGCUCCUAGCCGACACCAAGCGACCAGACUCCAGACAGGAGACGUCUUCCGUGUCGCCAAGAUCCUCACCGAUCGCUUCCUAUUCACCGAUCAGACAGGAACACCUAAUGAUCAUCCCGAAUCCGACACUGCAAAGGUAUCCGAGUGACUACAGGACAAGGUAUAUUUCGGUGUCCCCAAACGUCCACGAAUUCAGAUCGACACAGUUCACACCGUGUGAAUCCAGAAGCUCUUCUGACGUCAGGAUAUUGACCAGGUAUCCAGAAACAGAAUUGGAGAGAACAGAGUCACCUGGCCAACGAUCCACGCCUAGGACACUCGACUACGUAGUCCAAACCUCGACAGACUCCAUCCCAACGUCGGACGUCGGUUGUUCGUCCUCCCCGAAAGUUUCCACGGCCAGUCAGCCAGACUAUGGCUCCCAAUCACCCCGAAGUAGCUCCCACGAGGCUCGAUCCAGGUGUUCCGAGAUCGAGGACAUCGAGGAGGAGGACGAGAACAGUCUGGUCGACGUGGAGGACCUGCAACAUCAUCACGGGACCAGUCCAACCCCGGUUAGACCAACACCGGCGUACAUCGGUGGAUUUUCCAGUCUGGGUAGUAUCUCUGGCAUCCCACCGAGCCUUCAUCCAGCGGUUUGGGGCGGUGGACAUCAAGGUGCGGCCGCAGCCGCAGCGGCGGCAGCUGCGGCCGCCACCGCUGGCUUCUUCCCCUCGCACUUCUCUCAUCACGCGCCUCUAAACGAGAACGGGGAACCGGCCAAGAUCAAGUGCAACCUGAGGAAACACAAGCCGAACCGGAAGCCGAGGACACCUUUCACCACGCAACAGUUGCUCGCGCUCGAGAAGAAGUUCACGGAAAGGCAAUACCUCAGCGUCGCAGAGAGGGCGGAGUUCUCGUCGUCCCUUCAUCUGACAGAGACACAGGUGAAGAUCUGGUUUCAAAAUCGUCGGGCGAAGGCGAAGCGAAUGCAGGAAGCCGAGAUCGAGAAAUUGAGGAUGUCAGCGGUCAGGCAACAUCACACGGCGCUCUACGGUUCUCAUCCGGGUCUUCUGGCCCCGGCAAGCUUAUACCCGGUCGGAAUGCUGUCUCAUCCAGGUCUGACGUCGCAUCAUACGAUCUCUCAGCACCCGUCCAGAGAAUGA